UUCGGUAAAUGCUUAGUUGCUGACCAGUAAAUGAGACUUAAUCCUCUCACAGUUAAACUUCGAGUGCGGAUUGAUUGUGAGGCCAUUCCAGACCCUAAUCCACAAAGUGGAGCUUCAGGAACUGUGGCUAUAUCAAGUCAAGGUAUCCAAGAAGGUGCUGCGGAGCUUGUAGUAACUGGAACUUCAGGAAGAACAGUUCUGGGCUCACAGGGUGCCCAACCAGAAAGCCUGGAGACAGUAGUAAGAGCAGGUAAGGGUAAGGCAGUGGAGCUGUCUACAUCCAACAGCCUAUCUCAAGCAGGAGGGACUGAGAUCUUUGAGGGAGCAAGUGUUGAAAGUCAUGGUAUACCCAAUGGACAAGAAGUUUUGAAUUUCAUUGCACUCAAGUACUUCAAGGCAAUUGACCCAACUAAACCAGAAGAACGAAAUGGCUACAUAGAAUUUUUAACAAAUGUGCGCAAAGUGCUGCUUGUUGAUUCCCAGCCAGGAAGUUUGAUAUUAACAGUACUGUGUACUUCACUGGAGAUACUGGAUGCCCUGUGGGAUGACUAUUGCACAGGUCACUUGAAUGACAUGGCACAGAAAUAUCUUGUGACAAAGGACAUUCUGAAGAAGUUUGACCUGACUGAGCUGAAACUGAUGACAACUAUUCAGAAGGACGAUUACCUAGCUGCACGAAAACAUUUCUUGCAAGGUUUACUUCCAAGUGAAAGUGAAGACGCACCUGAAAGAGGAAUUGCACUGGAUUUUGAUGGCAAUGCCUUACACGGAAAUCACGAGGAUUCACUGAGUGAUGCAAAAGUUCUGCUGAAAAUGGCUACUGCUCUGGGACCAGACGCUGUGCUAUGUCCUUCAAAAGGGCGAGAUAAUUUUCAACGGAUGGCUCGGCUUUUGAUAAGUGGAGGUACUGUGCUAUUCAGGGAGGUUUUUGACAACAAAUGUCCACCGAGUAAUCUUCCAGCAAUCCUGAAGAAUCCAGCUACAGAGAAGCUACUCAAGGCUGCAAAGCUCACCAAACCACAAUGGGAGUGUUUGUACCCAUCCCCAGGGGU